CCCUUUCAAUCACCUCUCUCUCGCUCUAACCAGUCAGCCACUGCCCAAAAACCCAAUUGGCUCACUCUCCGCCUCCUCUUUCUUUCCUAUAUAUAAAUAUAUUCAAGUUUCGCGGCAACUUUGCUCUAUUAUUCUCUCUCUGUCUGUCUCAUCCACUUUCUGAUAUUCUCUCUCUCUCUCUCUCUCAAAUCUCUGUCUCAGUGCCUCUCUCUCUCUCUUUAUGGUUGAAUUUGACUUCGUGACCGAUAACUAAGGGUUUUUAAUGGCCCCGGCAAGAAAACCUAAAAGUGUGAAUAAGCGAUUUUCUACUAUAAAUGAUGUCACUCCAGAGAAAGAUGGUAGGAACUUGGGCAAAAGUUCUCUGCGGAAGAAGAAAUAUUCCGAUAAAUUAGGGCCUCAAUGGAGCAAGGAGGAGCUUGGGCAUUUUUAUGAAGCCUAUCGGAAGUAUGGGAAAGACUGGAAGAAGGUGGCUGCUGUAGUGCGUAACAGAUCCAUCGAUAUGGUAGAGGCUCUCUACACUACAAACCGGGCGUACUUAUCUUUGCCAGAGGGUACGGCUUCUGUGGUUGGUCUCGUAGCUAUGAUGACGGAUUACUAUAAUAUCCUGGAAGAGAGUGAUAGUGAACGGGAGAGCAAUGGCGCUUCACCAUCUUGGAAACCUCUGAAACACAAGCGACAGAAAGUUCAGCUUAAUGACUCAAAAGAUAUUUUCCAGUCUCGGUCAAUUGCAUCAAGUGAUGGAUAUUUAUCUCUGCUGAACAGGAGAAACUAUGAUGGUACCCAGCCUCGUGCAGUGAGGAAAAGGACACCUCGGUUUCCUGUUUCAUUUUCACAUAAGAAAGACAUUGCAGAAACUUAUGCUUCACCGAGUAAAAGAGGCCGGAAGUUAGAGGUUGAUACCAAUGAGGACAAAGUUGCACGUGUGGCAGCAUUGACAUUAGCUGAGGCUUCACAGAGAGGAGGCUCUCCCCAGAUUUCUCAAACAUCAUACAGAAGAACAGAGCAUAUAACAUCCUCACCAGCUCAGAGCUGGGAAAGAAUGCAUGCACAAUCUGACAUGACUCAUGCCAAGCUCCAUGAUGCUGCCAUUGAUGAAAACUGGGUGGUAAGUAGUAUAAGAAGCAGGGGAGCCGAAAAUGGAGAUAAUGCAAGAGAUACUAGCUCCUUGAUGGAUAUGGAAGGUGUAGGGACUGUUGAAGUUCAUAAACAGGGGAGGAAGUCUUACAGAAAGGAGAAAGUUGAAGACAUUGGAAAUAAUCAGUAUGAUGAUGGUUGUGAAGCCUGUAGUGGUACUGAAGAAGGAAUUAACUUUGGUUCCCUUCAAGGAAAAGUUGACAUAGAGGUUUCAAAUACAAAAUCUGAGCGAUUCUCUGUACAUGGUCAAAGGAAGAGAAGCAAGAAACUUUUCCUUGAAGAUGAAACUACUGGCUUCCAUGCCCUGCAGACAUUGGCUGAUUUGUCUCUAUCCACAAUGGAAUCUGAAUCAUCAGUUCAGUUGAAGGAAGAAAGAAUAAUUUUUGAUAUGGAUUAUAAGUCCAGUGCACCAGAAGCUACAUCUACAAGCCACCAUGAAGACAAAAAUAUACUCUCAAGGGCAAAAGAGAAGGCAGUAAAUGCAAUCUCUAGGGUUGAUGGCACAACCUCCAAGAUGUCAAAACUUGUGAGGGACUCAUCAGUUGAUGUUAUUGUUACUUCUGAAGCAAAAGAACAGCUUCAGCCUGUUGACAAAACGUUGAAACGAAAGCGCAAGCCCAUGAUAUCAAAGGUCUUAGCUGAAGAAGAGAAUAAAUCAGCGGUCAAAGCUAAACGCUCUGGUCAGAGUUUUACCUCCUCAAAACAAUGGAAAUUGUCAGAAGCUUCCUUGGAUAUUAUUGAUCAUCGAAGAGUGGAGGCUGAUUUAGCUGUAUCAGCUGAACAAAUUCCUGUGGCGAACCAUGUUAGUUUAUCAACUAAACGACAAAGGAGGCGUAAAAUGAGUCUACCGAGAUCAUCAACCGCUAAAGAGACGAAGUCUUAUGAAAUUUUUUUGAAAAAUAGACUUAAAUACUCCACCUCAUCACAUGACAAAGCCCUCCUAAAAGAAAAGCUUUCAUGUUACCUUUCAUCUCGUAUGGUCCGUAGAUGGUGCACUUUUGAAUGGUUUUAUAGCGCAAUUGAAUACCCUUGGUUUGCAAAAAGGGAGUUUGUGGAGUACUUAAAUCAUGUUGGACUGGGGCACAUCCCAAGGCUCACUCGUGUUGAAUGGGGCGUCAUAAGGAGUUCUCUUGGCAAACCUCGGAGGUUCUCUGAACAUUUUCUUCAUGAAGAAAGGGAGAAACUUAGGCAAUAUCGGGAAUCUGUGAGAAAACAUUAUAAUGAACUUCGUGCUGGUAUUAGGGAAGGACUUCCAACAGAUUUAGCCAGACCUCUAUCAGUUGGACAACGAGUAAUUGCACUUCAUCCCAAAACCAGAGAACUUUACGACGGAAGUGUGCUCACAGUUGAUCAUGACAAAUGCAGAGUUCAGUUUGACAGUCCUGAGAUAGGAGUUGAAUUUGUCAUGGAUAUUGAUUGCAUGCCUUUAAAUCCAUUGGAUAAUAUGCCAGAAGCUCUUAAGAGGCAAAAUUUUGCUACUGGAAAGUUCUCUCUUUUAUCAAAGGAGCCACAAAUUAAUGGACAUCUGAGUUUUGAAGGAUCUAUGAUGAUUGCUUCAAGUGGUCAUAUGGAGAGGGUUUCAAGCCCCGUGAAUUCUAUGCUAAAGCAGGGAAAGGUGGCUGCAAACCGUGCUGUUUCUCAAGCUAAGGCAGCAGCUAUUGACGUCAUUCAAGUUUCCAAUAGUCAACCUUGUAUGCUGGCCCAGAAUCAAGCUAGGGAAGCUGAUAUAAUAGCUCUUUCAGAAAUGAAUCGUGCUCUAGAUAGAAAGGAAGCAUUAUUGAUGGAGCUUAGAAGCACAAACAAUGAUGUAGUGGAGAAACAAAACAAUGGAGACUGCUCUCUAAAGGAUUCUGAACCAUUCAAGAAGCAUUAUGCCAUGGUACUUGUACAGCUGAAGGAAGCCAGUGGCCAGGUUUCUUCUGCUUUGCUUGAUCUAAGGCAGCGCAAUACUUAUCCAGGAAAUACCCUACCUCCUUGGAUGAAGCUUCCAACCAAUUCCAAUGUCCAUUGUGGUCUUACAAGUUCUGAUAACUCUUCUAUAUCUCAAGAAUCAGCAUCUAGCAUAGUUGAAAUUGUCAAAGGCUCAAGAUUGAAAGCACAUACAAUGGUAGAUGCGGCUAUUCAGGCAUUCACAUUGAGGAAGGAAGGGGAAGAUGCUUUUGUGAGGAUCGGACAAGCUUUAGAUUCUAUUGAUAAUCAACAAUUAACAUCCGACUCUAGGGUACCAGUGAUCAGGUGUCAACAGCAGGACAAUGGCAGUCUAGGUAACCACAGUCAGAUGGCUUUCUACACGUCAGAGUCCCUUGUUACUAGUGAUGCAUCUUUUAAAAGGCUGGGUAAUGAUUCUGAUGAAAUUGAGGCACAAAUCCCAUCGGAGCUUAUCACUUCCUGUGUUGCUGCACUGCUCAUGAUACAGACAUGUACUGAAAGACAGUAUCCUCCAGCUGAUGUGGCUCAGAUAUUGGAUUCUGCUCUCACAAGUUUGCACCCAUGUUGUCCUCAGAACCUUCCCAUUUAUAGAGAGAUUCAAAUGUGCGUGGGACGAAUCAAGACCCAAAUAUUGGCUCUUAUACCAACUUGAAUAUUGCUAUGCUGUCCCUAAUUUGAUCUCUGUUCAAUUGACCUUGUAAAUAUUAUGCUAGAAUUUUGAUUUCAUCCUCAGUUUUGCCUUUUUCUUUUUGGAGUUUCCUUUUGUGAUCAAGCUAAUUGGGAUUAGCACUUCCACUAGUGACAGUUAUUUUGUAAUUCAGCUUAAUCUAAUUUCUUUUUCUUUGUGCCAAA